AUGGGCGCAGUCCAACAGGACCAGAACUUUGUUCCUUACCCAUAUGGGUCGCAGUACAUUAAGGCUCAGCUUUCAAUGGUCAUCAUUUAGAUUGGAGUCACUGAGAUCGACGAGGCGACCCCUUCUUGAGAGAACCAACAGGGGAAAGAAACGAAGGGAAAGGGGAGAGCUUUGAAGGGGGUCCCUUCCGUUCAGAGUCAUGAUGACCAUGGAAGGCUGAGCUUUAAGUACAGCACUAGCUUUCCUCCUGCAUACAACAGCCGCCAUGUCGACCACAACCGCCAACAUUUUGAUCAGCAAGGAAGUUCUUCUCGGCCCACGAACAGAAACAGAACCUGGGAGGAACUGGCUU